GCGCGCGCCACUGGUCUUCUUGUUUUUUUUCCCGAGUUCCCGCUGUGGCGCCGUGCCCAGGAGGCGACGCGGGAUUCACGUAUUCACCUGACGCGCGGGCCCGUUCCCGGCUGGGGCCACUUUCCCGCCGCUUUGCAGCGCUGCCCCUGUCCGUCGGGCACCUCCAUAAGCCCAGCGGCGACGUCGGUUGCCGCUCUAGUACCACCGGUCCACCGCCCACCCGCUUUCGGAGUUCACCACGCGCGGUCGCGGAGGCGCAGCACGCAAGGGAAGAGGAGGAGGAGGAAGUGCGCGCGGGGGGUCAGCGAUGCCGAGGAUCCCGGCGGCCGAGCGGCCGCGGCUGACGCUCGAGGACUACAUCGUCUUCUUCACCACCCGCGGCGGCAAGGGCCUCAGCCUCCGCCAACUCAACGAGAUCAUCUACAUGCACGCGUUCGCCAGGCUCCACCGCGUUCCGAAGCCUGCGAUGGUGGACGCGCUCAGGUCGGUGGAGCUCAUGCGCCCGCGCCGCUCCACCGUGCCCCUCAACGCCACCGCGCCGCCGCCGAGCGCCGCCCCGGCCGCGGCCGCCGCGCUCUCCGCGGACGAGGCCACGCGCGACAUCGAGGACCUCGGCUGGCGCGAGUGCCCCGUCGGCUCCCUCCUCUCCGUCCGCGCCGGGGUGCGGUCGCUCGACGCCGCCGCAACCCCCGUGCCCAUCUCCGCCAUCGCCCGCAUCUCCCCGCCGAGCCUGCUCAGCGCCUCGUCGCCCCUGCCCCCCGCGCCGCCGGCAGCGGCCAGGAAGAAGCGCUCCCCGACGGGCAGGGGGAAGGCCGCGACCAAGACGAGGCGGCGGCACGUGGUGGAGCUGCUCACGCUCCCGUCCGUCGAGAUGGCCACCUCCGCGUAGCGGCGCCGUUCCCCCAAGCUCUCUGCUCACCGCCCGUCUGCCGGCGAGGUGGCACCGGCAUCUGCUUGAUUUCUGCUUCCGAUCAUCAGUACUACAACAUGCACUUGGGCUUCGGAUGUCGUUAGAUUAGCUGCGGUUUCUGAUCAUCAGUACUGUUCCGUCCUUUUGGUAGAAUGGCUCGAAUGGGUGAUGUAAUUAUGUAAAUUAUGGUGGUGGUGAUGGGGAAUCGGCGUGAAGGAUCAAAGCUAAUUAAUCUCGUUCUGUUGAAAGGAGUCGUGAUCUGUAAAUUAUGUUUGAGCUGAGGAACCGGCGUGAAGGAUCAAAGCCAAUUAAAGUUGUUUAGCCGAUGACGGCAUGA